AUGCUACUUCCUACCGCUGCAUUUUGGCUGCUCUACAUCGCUCGUCGCUCAUAUGCGUCAGGAUCGUACAACCUGCAGCUCGCAGCGUCUGCGUUGAGCCCGCAACUAUCCAAGGACGCCAUCAUCACGUUUCCAUGGGAUGCUCGUUGGGACGAUCUUCAAGUCCGCGGUGCCUCACCACGAAUAUCUCCCGACUAUAAUGUGGUAGUUGAAGUCGCGACUGAGUCCGACGUGCAGACAACGGUCGCGUUGGCCAAUCGUUUCAACAUCCCAUUCCUGGCCGUUACCGGGGGUCAUGGAUGGACCACAACGCUUAACAACCUAUCGUAUGGCAUUCAGAUCAACAUGCGGAAGCUCAAUACUACGACACUCGGUCAGAACGGCAAGACUGCUACUGUUGGAGGCGGAACGAUGCAACACGAGAUUACCCGCUCCCUGUACGCCUCGGGCAAGUAUUCUGGUCCACUGCUGGGAGGCGGCCACAGUCUCCUCCAGAAUCAAUACGGCUAUUCUCUUGACGGUCUCGUUUCCGCGCGCAUCGUCGUUGCCAGCGGCAAGGUUGUAGAAGCUUCCCGGAAGAAGAAUGUCGAUCUGUUCUGGGCUCUACAAGGUGCAGGCCAUCAAUUUGGCAUUGUGACAAGUCUUGAAGUAAAGACUUACGAUAUUCCUUCCAAUUGGACCGUCUACUCGAUCAUCUUCUUAUCUGACAAGGUCGAGGCGCUUUUCAGUCUGGUCAACGAAUUCGAAGAGCCGAGUACGGAACGCUCUGCGAAGCUAGCGCUCACGGGGCUGUUCGUGAGAAUACCUGCCGCUGAUCCCGUCAAUCCUGUCGUAGCAUACACUGUCGCCUACGAGGGCACGGAAGCGGAAGCUGACCCCUAUGCCGCUCGUUUCAAAGCGCUCGGCCCAAUCUCUACCACGGUCUCCACGGACGUCAACUACGUAGAGCUAUACACGGUGACUGGAAACAACCUCGGAGGCCAAGCUUGCAGGCGAAACCAGAACGUUGCAGGAGCCGGUGUCUCUCUACCUACCUGGGAUCUUGAGGGUGUUCGCAAAGCCUUCACGUUAUUUGGUAACAUCACGGCAGAUCCACGCUUCAAUACAUCGAUCACUCUGAUGGAGAAUUACGGCAUGCAAGGCGUACGAGCUAUCGACAUAUCUUCCACUGCAUUGGCACCCGAGGAACGCGAGUAUCCUAUUCUUGCAUCGCCGGUUCUGUGGUGGGUUGGCGACGAUGCGCAGACCACCAAAGAUGCAUACACACACACGCGCGCAAUGCGUGAUGCGCUAUACACUGGCCUCGACCGCACCAACCAGAAGCGACACUGCUAUGUUAAUUACGCUAACGGAGAAGAAGAUAGGCCUGAGAUGUAUGGGCACGAUGCUAGACUCGCUAAGUUGGUCAAGUUGAAGGUUGAGUGGGAUCCGAAGAACAGGUUUGGAUACUACAACCCAAUAGUGUAG